GAAUUCUUCAUCAAAUUGCAGAACAGGACCGCAUACAUUCACAUCCGGGACAUACACUGUAAAGAUUACUGUUAUGGCGGCGAUGUGUUGGUCAUAAGUAUUAAUAAACUUUAUAUAGUGAUCCAUACUUUUAUUUUCAAAUACAUUGAGGCUUUUAUUUUCCAAAACCUAGUGUUAAAUGUCUUCAAAUAAUAAGAAACAUGCAGAAUGUAGUUCACAAUUCUAAAUGUGAUAGCCUUAGAGACAGUGAAAUAAACGAAUCUAUUAAAGACCAUUCUAGGUCUUCGUCACCUCUAAGUGGUAAUCUAAACGUAGAAAGGGGACCAAGCGUCACAUCUCUUCAAACUCAUUUUAUGGCCGAAGUUUCCGAAAGUGAGGAGGACGAUGUUUCGGAUGU